GCCAUCGAUGAGAGCAUCCGCCUUGAGAGGAAACGUCUGAAGGACAACCCAGUGGUCAAGGUUCUUUUGCUGGGGCAGAGCGAGAGCGGGAAAAGUACCGUAAUAAAGAAUUUUCGUCUCGCCCACGAUGCUGCCGCGUUUCGCGCCGAGCGGGCCUCAUGGCGACGACAUCGAACAGCUACCACCCGACCUGCGCCUUCUUCGCCUGCGCCUCAUCCCACUCAGACGCGUCGAGACAGAUCUCCGUCAUCGACUCUCAGAUUCUACUGUCCCAGUUACACCAGAGCUAUCAGUUCGUUCGCUUGCUCAGCUCUCACAUAGCCCUAACCCGGCGUCUCUCUUACGAGAAACGGCCGAGGCCCAGGAUGUCAUCACGUCCCUCCGCGAAGAUAUUCGACAUCUGUGGCUCGAUGAACGCGUGCGUACUGCACUCCGACAGAAGGGCAUUCGCGUAGAGGAAGGGGCUGGAUUUUUUCUAAAUGAUCUCGACCGAAUAGCCAUCUCGUCCUAUACACCUUCUGAUGAUGACGUCUUACGUGCUCGACUGCGUACGAUGGGCGUACAAGAAUGGCGAAUUCCAUUUCCUCCAGCCCCAGGUCAACAUCCUACCUUUUCGCAGCCUUGGGCACUGUAUGACGUCGGUGGUGCUCGCACCCAGCGACGCGCCUGGCUUCCUUUUUUCGAUGGUGUGAAUGCCAUCAUAUUCUUGGCCCCCCUCUCGCCGUUCGAUACACCACUCCCUGAGGAUCCCAGCGUAACACAUCUCGGCGACACGCUAGCCCUCUGGCACGCUAUCACCUCUACGCCCCUUCUUGCACGCACGACGCUGAUUGUGUUCCUCAACAAGUGCGACUUGCUCAAAUGCAAACUAAAAUCCGGUGUUCGAUGGACGGACUGGGUCCGCGGGUAUAAAGGGGAAGAGGAGGUAGGGGCGGUCGUGAGAUGGAUGCGAGACCGGUUUCGAGAGAUCGCGCGUACGAAAAGUCCGCCUGCUGCCAAGGGUCGGACGAUAUAUGUGUAUCCGACAAGUGUCACUGACACUAAAGCUACGGCGGUUACGUUGAAGAGUGUUCGUGAUGGGAUAUUGAGGGAACAUUUGAAGAUGGCCGAGUUUGUUUAGAGGGGAUGGAUCUUUGAUUUAUUUGAAUUGUUGUUGUACGUUCACACUGGUGCUAGUAUUGUUUUAUGUAAGUGAUAUAUGAGGAAAGCAUCGCGUUCAGUUCGUUCCUAAGGUGGUCCUAUGGAUGUGAGUUAUGCCGUGCAUACGAGGCCAUCAUUAUUCAUAUCACGUAUAGCAGACCUAUGGAGUAUCA